AUGUCUGGCGCAGUCCACAACGACGGCAUCCAUGCCACGCCCUCGCCGCCCAACUCCAGCAAGUACGCUGAGGGCGGUGUCGCCAACGCCGAGCAGCUCGAGGACGGCCGCAAGUCCAGAGCGCCUGGUUCGCGCAAGUCCAAGUUCUGGACGCACUUCAAGCGGUUUUGGUGGCUGUAUGCCAUCAUUGGCAUCUUGGCCGUUGUGCUGGCCGUCAUGUUGACCAUCUUCAUCGGUGUCAAGAACAUUGCGCAGAGCAAGAUCAACGACGCCGUGCUUGACGUCCAGGGCAUCUCCUGCACGAGCACCGAAACCAACGCAUUCACGCUCGGCAUCAACACCACACUCAAGUCGGGCACCACCAAGGCCACCGUCGAGGCGUUCCAGGGCGUCAUGUAUCUCGAGGACGAGCCGAGCCACACGCCGUUUGUCACCAUUGACUUCCCCGAGACGCAAAACAAGCCGUUCCAGACAGUCAACAUCAGCCAGCACGUGGACAUCGCCGACAUCCCAGCUCUUACCAUGUUCAACACCUGGCUGCUGAACAACGAGUCUCUGCGCGUCACGGUCCUGGGCUACCCCAACGUCAAGGUCCCCGGCAUCAGCAAGAAGUACGGCGUCACCUUCAAGAAGACCAUCACCAUGCCUGGCCUGAACGGCUUUGACGGCCUCAACGCCAAAAACAGCUCCAUCAACCCCUCCAACUUCACCGAUGGCACCAACUUCCACACCACGGCCACCAUCCCCAACAAGUCCCUGGUCACCUUUGAAAUUGGCAACGUCACCUUCAACACCUACCUGAACGGCAGCUUUGUCGGCACCUCGUACAUCAACGACGUCACUCUGGUCCCUGGCGACAACGUCUUCCCCUUCCGCGCCAGUAUCCAGCAGGGCCCCAUCUUGACCGCCGUUACGACCCAGCCCUCGUGCAAGGACGGCAUCGUUCCCAUGGACCUGUCUGGCAAGACCGUCGACAACCACGGCCAGCCCCUCGCGUACUUUGCCAAUGCCCUCUCCACGCACAACACCACCGUCCCGCUCGACCUUGGCACGCCGCUCCGCGCCCUGGGCAUUAACCCCAAGUGCCCGAGCUAA